AUGGAUGGUGAGGCAACAAUUAACAUAGCAACGAUUGGUCAGGCAGCCGUGAUAGAUUUUGCUGCAGCUGUUUGUGUCAAUGGUGGGAGCAGCCAAGGGUUCAUCCUAUUCACCAGGGUGAGCCAAGGCUGCGUCGUCCAAAUACGGUUGUAUUGCAUACAAACCAUUUGGAGGGUUUGUCCGUAAAGGAUGUUAUUCAAUCAAUUGUUAAUGUUGUUGGUGUGGAUGUUGUUAAAGCUGUGCAGUUAAUGCACUAUGGUCGAUAUAGGGUCACAUUUCGUACUAAUGAAGCUAAACUGGUUUUCUUAUCUCAGCCUUUUAACAUUAAGGAUGUGGAAAUCGAAGUGCAGACGAUUGAGAACCCAAUUGUGGAGGUGAAAGUGUUGUAUGUUCCCAGUGAAGUGCCCAAUAAAGUUGUUGCAGAGUUUCUUGGUCAUCAUGGGGAAGUGGAGACGAUAACACACGAAAUGACGACGGAGCAUGGCUUCCCCACGAUUGAAAUAGGAACAAGAGUCACCAAGAUGACUGACAUUAAAACCGAUAUCCCAUGA